AUGGGAAACAGCCAAGGAAAGCCCGUCGACCUUGACGGCGAAGUGAACCUGAAUCACUUCCGUCUCCUACGAGUAGUCGGCCGAGGUGCCUUUGGCAAGGUGCGCAUUGUCGAGCGAAAAGAUACCGGUCUAUCAUUCGCCCUGAAAUACAUUAGAAAAGAUGAAGUUGUACGGUCCGAGAGUGUUAGGAAUAUCAUCCGAGAACGACGAAUGCUCGAAUAUGUCAACCACCCCUUUAUUUGCAACUUGCGAUACAGCUUCCAGGAUAUCGAGUACAUGUACCUGGUUGUUGACCUCAUGAGCGGCGGUGAUCUACGCUUCCACAUCUCGAGAAAGACAUUUACCGAAGCUGCGGUAAGGUUUUGGAUCGCUGAGCUCGGCUGCGCCUUGCGCUACAUCCAUGGGCAAAACAUUAUCCACAGAGACGUCAAGCCCGACAAUGUGCUUCUGGAUGCUGAUGGACAUGUCCAUUUAACUGACUUUAAUGUGGCCUCGGACGUUGUGCCGGGGAGAAAGCUAACCAGCAAGUCCGGUACCUUGGCAUACCUUGCGCCAGAAGUCUACGCUGGCCAGGGCUACGAUGUCCGUGCUGAUUGGUGGUCAUUGGGUGUUUUGUUCUACGAGUGCAUUUAUAACAAGAGGCCAUUUGAGGGCAACUCUGAAUCAUCACUCAGCCAGACUAUCCAAGCCGCCAGCCCCAAAUUCCCCGUCACACAGCCUCCCGUCCAGCUAAGCUGUAUGUACGCCAUAAAGGACGCGUUGGAGUUCAACCCAGACAAGCGUAUGGGUCACACCUGGGAGAGCUUCAUCUACCACGAAUUCUUCUCUGUCCUCGACUUCGACGCACUCGAGAGGAAGCAAAUAGAGCCUGUGUUUGUUCCGUCAUCAGAGAAGACGAAUUUCGAUGCUACAUACGACUUGGAGGAGCUUCUGUUGGAAGAAGCGCCACUAGAAGCCCGGGCAAGGAGGCAGAAGCCCCGUGAGAAGCUAAAGGAUGACGCCACAGAGAAGGAAAUCCGCGAAGAUGAGCUCUAUCGGAUGAUUGAGACGGAUUUCAAACCCUUCGAUUACACAUUAGCUGCCUACAAGAAAAUCACCGAGGGACAAGUCUCGACACCCAACGGCCAUCCUGCCCCCGUAACAGACGAAAGCGCCCACCCGGGACAAGCACUUACAACGGGGGAAGCGACUCAGAUGAGCUCACACGCGCACUCGCACUCACAAGCGGUCCAAACCCACCACCCCAACGGCAGCCGCUCUUCCUUCAACCCUCCCAGCACUCACAGCGGGCAACAAGGUCCGGACCGAACCGCCCCAGUGCGAACGAACUCGAUGCUGAAGAACCCGGAACGAAGCAACUCGAUGCAAAGCGUCCACUCACAUUAUCAGGCCUACAACGCCUACGACUCGCAACGGGCUGCCGUCGGCCCUCGACCCACUAGUUCGCACCGCCAAGGUCGCAGCGGCGCCGUUCCGCCUGGUCGUGCUCCGCCAUUGCCUCCUUACCCUCAGUCCUACACCACCUCAGGUCGCCAGGGCCGAGCACACGGAUCGUCAUCGUUGAUGGUGGAGAGUCCGACGGGGGGUAUGCAGGUCACGCUGGAUGGAGCAGGCAGCUGGAGCGAUUUGGCGAGACAGGAUGCCACCCUUCCGGCGGAUGCGGCGGCUGCACAUGGUGAGGGGGCGAAUGGUGGGAAAGAAAGUAGUGGAGGUGGAGGGAUUUUUGGAUUGUUUAAGGGGAAGAAGGGGAGGGGAAGCAGCCCGAAGCCGAAAGAGAGGGGAGUGUUGGGGAAGGAAGGGGCUAGGGUUGUUAUUGGGUAA